AAGAACAGGUGCAUCAGGGGUUCUCCAGAUUGAAUCGCAGAAUAGGACAUCAGAUGCUUGAUCGGUUCUAAAGAGAAUACCCUGCACAUCAUUCGACCAGCUCUUGGACAGUGUCUAAUGCCGAUAUGAUGACUCCACUCCGCCUGGACCGGCGACGGUCCUCGCGCCUUGUGGGCGCCCUCAUCUUCACGUGCCUGGUCCUGCUAUGGCUAAAUCCAAACUGGACGGACCGGUCCUUCCAUCAGGUUCUCAACUUCGACCCUGGUGUCGACAUCACCAACGCGGCCGCCCAGAGCCAGCUGUGCAAGAGCCACGGCUGGACGCCAUACAAAGAUGUUGCCAAGCGCAAGGUGUACGACUUGAUCAUGGUCAACACGGAGCUCGACUGGCUCGAGAUCCGUCUCAACUCGACCUACGAAUAUGUCGACUACUUUGUCAUUGUCGAGUCCGCCAAGACCUUUACCAACCGCGACAAGCCGUUUGUCAUCAAGGACAACAUGGAGCGCUUUGCCCCCUACCACGACAAGAUCAUCUACCACCAGCUCGAGAUACCGCCCGGCUUCCACUCGGACCGCGCGAACCCGUCCUGGGCGUGGGAGGAUCUCCAGCGGGACGCCAUGUACAAGCAGGUGCUUCCGCGGCUCACGGGCGCCAGGGCACCAAACCACGGCGACGUCCUGAUUGUGGCGGACGUGGACGAGCUCAUCCGCCCGCAGACCAUGGUCGUCCUGCGCGCUUGCAACUUCCCGCGCCGGCUCACGCUGCGCAGCGACUUCUUCUACUACAGCUUUCAGUUCCGCCACGUCGGCCCGCAGUGGGCGCACCCCGAGGCCACCUAUUACCAGGGCUGGCGGACUAUCCUCCCCGUCAACCUGCGCAACUCGGACGGCGGGAUCCAGCCUCUGAUCAAGCUGGAGAAGGGGGAGCUGUGGAGCGCCGGCUGGCACUGCUCGACGUGCUUCUCGACCAUUGAGGAGGUGCUGACAAAGCUCUCGUCCUUCUCGCACGUGGACCUGAAUCACGAGCGGUAUCGCAACCGUGACCGCAUCGCUGACAGGGUGAGGAGCGGCAAGGAUCUCUGGGACCGCGAGACGGAGCAGUAUGAGAGGAUAGACAACAACCAGGACCUGCCGCCGAUAUUGCUCGAUCAGAAGGAGAGGUUCAGGUACCUGCUGGACAGGGACGGCCCAACUGCUGGAUUCAAGGACUAUCCAUGACAGUAAAUGAAGACGGCCUGGGAAAGCAGCCACCCAGUAGGCAUAUAGAUGUAUCCCUUAAGUAGGAUAGGAGUACGGAAUACUAUUCUUUAGAGAUUUGCGCAGAUGUGCCUCUUGGGGCAUGGGAAACCACCUGAAGCCUGGUGUUUCAGAGCUGAAUUUGUCGGGUCGUUCUUGCCUUG